UGUUGUGUUAUCCUUUGUUUAUCAUUCGUGAACAACAACGAUAAAACGACAUCUGGAUGCAUCCGGACGACAAUUCUGAACGCACCUCUGUAUACAUACAAAUAACAUCACACGCAUAUAAACAUGGCUGCCGCCAUCUGACCAUGUGAACGUUUGAAAGAUCCUCGCAACUGCUAGAAACAAUUCAUUAUCCGCGACAUGACGUGUUACACUGCCUGUUCGUGCAACUGCGUUCCUCAUUGCGCUGAUUGGGGUAUCAAUGGACUACUUUGUUUCGGAACGCGAAAUGCAAUCGCUAUAUACGAGCCACGUGCGAACAUCGGUCAUGUAACGCACACACUGCACCAGCAUCGUGACCGUGUCAACACGGUACACUGGAUAAAACCGAGAAACGGCGUGCCGGAAUCAGAAUUGCUGUCCGGUUCCGUGGAUGGCACUAUAAUUAUCUGGAGCAAAGAUCGGAAUACAUUUCAAUGUACCUCAGUAUUGAAUGUAGAAGGCACAGUUGCCUUCGCAGAUUCCCUCCAAUUGGCCGAUAAUAUUCCACCUACUACAUUGGCGAAGCUGUUAAUAUGCACAGGUUCAGUCUGCGGCAAUGUCAAACUAUGGUUGAGAGAGGAAAAUGCAAAUGUCAAGCAUAUUCAGUCUAUAAUUUUCGGAAGAAAGUUACCUAUAUAUUGUCGUCUGACAUAUUUAUUAAACGACAAAUAUCCUCUCUUGGCUAUAGCAUUAGAGGAUGCUUCUGUCUUGCUGUAUGCAAAAUUGAAUACAGAAUCGGACUUGGAACAACCUUUUGUAAAUAUCCAGCGUUUAGUCGGACAUGAAGACUGGGUAAUGUGUAUGGAUUUUACUCAGGAUGGUGACGGAAAUCUUUUUCUCGCAACAGGCUCGAAAGAUAACAUGAUACGAUUAUGGAAAAUUAGCGAACAAAUUAGCAUCAAAGAAUCUUCAAGUGAUGAACUUAGACAAGAAAGUAAUACUUUUGUAGUAAAUAAUAGGCAGUACGAUAUUACUCUGGAGUCAGUGCUCUGUGGUCACGAAGGCUGGAUUUAUGGUCUGCACUGGCAGCCUAUGAAAACAGAUAAAACAAUAAAACUGCUAUCAUCCUCAAUGGACAAAACUAUGAUAAUAUGGGAACCAGCUGAUAUUAUGGAUGGAAUGUGGACAGAGACAGUACGUGUUGGCGAAGUUGGUGGCAAUUCGCUAGGUUUCUAUGGCUGUAAAUUUGGCCCAGACGGACUACAUAUAUUGGCACAUGGCUACCAGGGUACUUUUCAUAUCUGGAAAUAUUCUUCAGAAAUGAACAAGUGGCUUCCACGUCCAACACCUAGUGGACACUUUGCUGAAGUAGUUGAUUUAUGUUGGGAACCGAAAGGGAGGUCUGUAUGAAUCUUGUAUGUAAUUUUAAUUCUUGAACAUUCAGCUAUUUAUAUUAUAGAUAAAUGCAACACUUAGGCACGGUUGCACCAUUACUUGAUUUUAAGCAAGACUUAAAACUCUCUCGUAUUAAAGCCAAAAAAGAGACAGAGACAGUUUAAGUCUCGCUUAAA